UUUCAGAUGGAAGUAUUAAGUAGAGAAUGGAGUUUAAUCAAUGAGCUAUCUCAGGUUGGGUUUCAUGAUGUUUCCAUAAGUGGAUCUGAUGGCCUUUUUGCUUCUCAUGGACACAGGCUUGUAGUUGCAGCCUGCUGUCCUUUACUUCGAGAUAUUUUUCUACAAAUUGAAGACGACAUUCAUGUUAUUCUUCCAGAUUAUUCACCAACUCAAGUUCGACUUCUUGUUGAGUACCUGUAUACUGGAAGUAUAGGAACUGCUACAGAAGAUGAGCAGAAUUCUGUAGUUGAACUAAUCAAUAUACUCUCAACAGUUACUGGCCAGCAUCUUCUAAAACCGCCAGUGUCUUCUGCAUCUUCUCCAGUUCUGCAAACCCAAGCUUCAAUUCUUGCCGUUCCACCAGAUCAUGCUCAGCUGCCUGUUCCUGCCCGUGAGUCUGUUCCAGCUGAUCUACUUGUUCCAGCUGAUAAUCUUGCUCCUUCUGAUCCUCCUGACCCUCGUCAAAGUCAACUUCUUGAAGAUAAUAUUCUUGAAACCAACCUGUUCGAUUCUCCAUCUUUACCAGAGUUUACUGAACUUCAGCUGAUGGAUACUCUUCCUUCAAUAUCUAGGAGACGGAGAGGAUUAUUUAAUAAACCAGGAUCUCUUUCUCUUCUUAUCAAGCAAGAUCCUUAUCAACUGCAUUGUGAUAUCUGCAACAUUGUGUUCGACUGUAGAGCAACAUUUAAAGACCACGUCAACAAUCACGAGAAAGAAAGUCGAGAAUGUGAUAUUUGUAACAAAGUGUUUAAAAAAGUGAGUAGUUUAAAACUACACAGACUAACACAUGUCCGCCCGUUUAAAUGUGAUCAGUGUGAUUCAGCCUUUGGGAGAAAAUCAAACCUCAUAGCUCAUGAAAGAAUGCAUAAAGGAGAGAGACCCUUUGUUUGUGAUCUAUGCGGAAAGGAUUUCCCAAUACAUUCCAGUCUUUUAACUCAUCAUAAACAGUCACAUUCUGUUAAACAAUGGCCCUGUGAUCUCUGCAAAAGUGUAUUAGUGUCUAAAUCUCAGCUGGCAAUUCACAGAAGAAGUCAUACCAAAGAGAAACCUUGGAUCUGCGAUACCUGCGGUAAAGGAUUCUCUACAAAGCAGAAUAUGAUGGAUCAUACCAGACUUCACAAUGAUGUCAUGGGUUUCCAGUGUGUUAAGUGUGGGCUGCAGUUUAAGUGGAAGGCGUCGUUAGUGCGCCAUUUGAUGGAUCAUACAGGAGAGCGUCCUUACCCUUGCUCACAGUGCAAUAUGGGGUUUAAGACAGCUAACAGCUUGAAGAAACACGGUCUGUCUGUACACAGCGAGAUUAAACAGUACAGCUGUCAACACUGUCUGGCAAGGUUUAGUACUAGCUCCGGGGUUUACAGACACCAGAAGAAAAAUAGAUGUUCAGCUCUUGCGGUAAGCGAGGAGGUAUCUAGAUCCGAAACAAGGCUUGAGAAUAAAUCUCAAGGACUAGAAAAAUCUGGGAAAGAAUUCAUCUCGCUCUUGAUACACAAUCAUUCAACAGAUGAUAUUGAUAGUGCCAAGGUGAGUGUCUCUAUUCCACUAUCUCAAACUCAGGUGACAUGGAUCUGACCUUGGAAGACAAAAAAUUAGAAAAUAAAUUGGAAUCAUUAGUCAACAGUGGAAACCAUCAAUGGAGAGCUUUUCAGAGUAAACCUGAAGAACACUGAGGGCAUAUGUAUUUAUAUAUAGUUAUAUAUAUC